AAGCUAAAAACUUUUCUAAACCUAACCUCUAAAGAUAGAAAUUUGAUAAACAUUUAAAAUGUGGAAACAUAUUAAUAAAUUGACCCAAAGCCUUAAUAAAAGUCGUCUUUUAACACCGGAAGUUUGUUUGAAUCAACAAUUAAGAACGACUUUUAUUUUAAAGAGAAGAAACGCGCCUUAUCUCCAUAAAAAAGGGGCAGAACCAAAACGAUUAAAACCGAAACAUUACAUUUACAAUCUUGUAGAGCAUUUAGACAGUCAAAAACAACCCGAUUUAGAAGUAAUUUUAACCAGUUAUGUUGAAGGAUUAGGAGAUGUUGGUGAAAAAGUUUCCGUACGUCCACAAUACGGUUACAAUAACCUUUUAUUACCAGGUUUAGCUAUUUAUGCAACACCUGAAAAUACAAAAAAAUAUCUAAAUACUGAUUUAAAGGAUAAAAGAAGUUUUAGUUCACCAACGGUUGAAGGAACAAUGACCAUUUUAUCUCGAAUGACUCUUUCUGUAAUAAUGAAUAAAGAAAUCCCAUGGACAUUAGAACCAUGGCAUAUAAGAACUUCAUUCAGAAAAUGUGGUUAUGUUGUUCCAGAGGAGUGUAUUACAAUGCCAUCAAAAACGAUAAAAGGACCUAACAUGGAUAUUGAAAAUAAAUCGUUUUACAUUACAAUUACUAUAAAUAACCAAGAAAAAGUUGAUGUAAAAUGUAGAAUACAUCAUUGGAGUACUGGGAUAAUGGAACGUUUACCUCAUAUUCAUGAUUUUUGGAAAGUUCCCUCAGAGCCAAUCUUUCCAGAAGAUGCAGAAAAAAUAAAUUCUGUUAACAAAGAGUUAGAAGAAAAAAAAUAGAUUAAAAAAUUCGUUUAUUUCAAAAUUAAA